GAGUGGAGAUGUGCCACUGAUCAAAUGAGGAUCAAAAGUAAUAAAGAAAAUGUAAAUUUAGUUGUGAAGUAAGAGAGGCCACAAGACAUAUUAAAUAGAGCAGAUGGAUUAUUAAGAGGAAAACAGUGAAAUUCGAUGAAAUAAAAUAAAAAGAAAGAUAAGUAGAAUAUUUCAUACUUAUUCAUCUCAAUGUACACUUAUACUAUGUAAGUGUAUAGAGCAUUUAAAAAUUCUUGGUAGUCUUCUGAAAUUUUACACAAACGUAGUGACAAGAACUAAUUUCCUUUUAUAUUAAUAUAUAUUAUCUAGUGAAUUAUUCUAUUUACAGUAAGUGCUUAAAGAAUUUAGUUGUCAAAGCACACAUAUACACACAAACAAGUCUCCCUAGUUUUCAAAAGUUAUUGUCUAGUGAAGAAAUAUAAGAUAAAAUUAACGAUACUUAAAGGUCUUACUCGUUGAAAGCACGUAAGCACAUUAUAAAAAUAACUUAAAAGUUUUGGGGAAAUUUUUCAACAUUUAAACUCCCUUGCGGCUCGUGUAAACAUUCUUAAUGAAGAUGAAAUUAGCUUCGGUACUAACACAGGGGCCGACGAUGUUGAACUUUUGAACUUGGAUGUAAAAAAAAGUUCACGAUAAAAAUAUUCAGAAAUGACGACGACGUUCACACCUACUGAGUCAUCUGUGGGUGCUGCUGCGGGGUCCUGGACGUCUCACAGCCACCGGAGUUCACCUCAAAGCGCAACCUGGAACCCGUGGCAGGGCAAGAACUUUUCCAAUACCAGCUGGACACCGCAGCAUCCAGCAGACACGAACGAGUCCAACUAUAUUUCUACCGUCCCUGUCACUUGGGACUCCCUCUGGAACGAAACCACCAAAAUUGCGACUGUAAAUGAUUCAGAAUGUGAGUCCCUUGAUUGGGACGUCCAGUUAAACAACUCGGCGCAGAACGUGAGCGGGAACAUAUCAGAAUACGAUUAUAACUAUGAUGAAGCAUUGGAAACGUUCUUCUGGGGUCAGCUGGCACCGCCGCUGGUGGUGUACGUCGUAACCUACGUGGUGGGGGUGGUAGGCAACGCUCUCAUCAUCUUCACUAUCUGUCGCUACCGACGACUGAAGACCACCACUAACGUCUUCCUCUCCUCCCUGGCCAGCGCUGACCUCCUCCUCAUCCUCAUCUGUAUCCCCGUCAAGUUGGCGCGGCUGUUCUCGUACACCUGGACGCUGGGGGAGGUGCUCUGCAAGAUGCUUUACUACCUCCAGUCUCUGUCUUCAAUAUGCUCCGUCCUUACUCUUACGACCAUGAGUAUAGAGAGGUACUAUGCCAUAGUGUAUCCUAUGAGGGCACAAUACCGCUGCACCAUCUCUCAGGCCCGACGACUGUGUCUAGGUAUCUGGGUCCUCUCCCUCGUCUUGGCCAGCCCCAUCACCCUUAUGCAGGUACACAUGGAGGUGGGGGACCGGGUGAAAGCGUUCUGGUGCGUGAGGGACUUCGACUCGCCGCUGCUGUGGAGAAGCUACGAGACCUACAUGAUGGUGCUGGUGCUGGUGGUGCCUGCCUGUAUCAUGGCCGUCGCUUACGCCGCCAUCAGUAAUGCCAUUAUCAAUAUGAUGGUGCAGCGGCGCUCCAUCACGGGCAAAGGACAGAU